GAAAAAGAAGAGUGGGCGAGAAGGAGCCUGACUCUCGUCCUGGCUCGACGUGAUGUUGUGAACAAGUGAGCGUUUGACUCUAAGCGGACCUGUGACAUCAAUUUUCAUCGCCGAGUCUCGAUGUGCCAAAUCUAUAAAUGGUCGUUCUAACACAACGAGAACACAAAUUAAUCAAUCCCCGGGGCCAGAAGGCACGUUUUGUCCUCUGAAAAUUCUAUCAAGUUUCUCUGUUAACUCGGACUCACUCCAUGACCCCGCCUAGAAGGUCCUCGUCUUCUUCUGCUUCUGCUACUGCAGCAUCCUCAACUGAGAAAUUCAAUGUUUUCGAAUUCAACGAAGAGGAUGCGCGCGUCGAGAUGGCUUCCGAGCGUUUUUUGGGCAAGUUUGUGAACCCUAAGAAGAAUCGCGGUUCCCCUCUUACCAAGUAUACGUUCCUUCAAGUUUUUGCACAAGGCCCCAAAAGCCUGCAUAAGAAUAUUGGCAGUGAUCCAAUUGAUGUUGAUGCCGAAGCAGCACAUGAAAUUACCCAAGAACUGAAUUCUUCACUGGAGGACACUAGAAGGAAACCAUCAGAGGCUGGGAAUUGUGGUAUGGACCAUAAAAAGGGGCUCGCCAAUCCAUGCUCAGUUGAUGUAUCACUACAAGAUAAUACUGCAAAAGAGAUGUCUAGUUUUGAUGGUUUUCAGAAAAGCAACUUUGAAUUUGGAAAUGAGUCACAUGAUUUAGUUUGCAAUGAUGAUAUCAGUAGUCAAACGAGUGCUUCAUCAACUUCAACUUCAACUUCAACUUCAAUGGCACCUUCGGAAGACAUUGAAGUUUCCUUUGGAGACAAGUUAAUGGAUCAGAGUUCUGCAGCUUUUGAAAUUAAUGGCAAGAAAAAGGUCGUUGAUGUCUUCCCCGAUUUUAUUCUAUAUGGGGAUAUAUAUUCGACCAGCUCUCGCUUAACAUUUUCUUGCAGCUUUGUGAAACUUGAAGGCUCAACUGUCAAUGGAAGUGGAGGAACUUUUAAAUUUGAAUGGUCAAUUGACAAUGUCAUAAAAAUCGAGUCCUGUUGGUGUGAACAGGUUGAAACAGCCAUGAUCAACCUUUUCCUUGCAUCAGAAGAUUCUAGAGAAGCUGGAAAUACAAAUCAUAACCAAGGAUUCAAGGAGCUGAGACUUGCAGUUUAUGAUCCAUACUGGUCUAAAGCAGAAGAGGCAGUAAAAUUAUUGGAUGUGAGAUAUACUGCUCUAUGGACUGAUAUUUUUGACUUUGGUGCAGAUAAUGGAAAAAAAUUUCAAUUUGGCCAGAACAGCCAUGUUUCUCAGAUGCCUCAUUUUCCCAUUUUUGACGAGACUUUUCAUGAGAUUAUUUAUCCCAAGGGCGAUCCUGAUGCUGUUUCUAUUAGUAAGAGAGAUGUUGAGCUUCUGCAGCCAGAGACAUUCAUCAAUGAUAAUAUCAUUGAUUUUUAUAUCAAGUAUUUGAAAAAUAAAAUCCCUCCCAAUGAACAGAGCAGGUUUCACUUUUUCAAUUGCUUUUUCUUUCGGAAGCUUGCUGACUUAGACAAAGAUCCUUCAAAUGCUUGUGAUGCCAAGGCAGCAUUUCAACGUGUACGGAAAUGGACAAGGAAAGUGAACCUUUUUGAAAAGGAUUAUAUUUUUGUUCCUAUAAACUAUAGCCUUCACUGGAGUUUGAUUGUUAUCUGUCAUCCUGGUGAAGUUGCAUGCUUCGAGGAUGAAGAAAUUAAAGAAUCUUCCAAGGUACCUUGCAUCUUGCACAUGGAUUCCUUAAGAGGGAGUCACAAAGGUCUCAAAAAUGUGAUCCAAAGUUACCUGUGUGAAGAAUGGAAAGAGAGGCACCGUGAUGUGGUGGACGAUGUUUCUUCAAAAUUCUUACAUUUGCGAUUUGUCUCGCUAGAUCUUCCACAGCAGGAAAACUUAUAUGACUGCGGUCUCUUUCUGCUCCAUUAUAUGGAACGUUUUCUUAAUGAAGCUCCCAUCAACUUUAACCCUUUUAAUAUUACAAAGUUCUCCGACUUGAGCAAGUGGUUCCCUCCAGUGGAGGCUUCUCUGAAACGAUCUCAAAUUCAGAAGCUAAUUUAUGAUAUCUUCCAAGAUAAUUCUCCUAAAGUUCUCCCAACUGAUUGCGUUGGCAAAAGUUCUCACUCAGAGGACAAAAUGGAAGCAGAUAAUUUUGGUGGGAGUUGUCAUUCAGCAGCAUGGGAAGGGAAUUAUUUCUGUUCUGCUAAACAGGAGAUAAAUGUUCAGUUCCCUGUAGCCUCCCCUACUAGAGUCGUAUCAAGUUGUAGAGAGACCGGAAUUGUUUUCAAGGACUUGCGUGGAACAGUUGGAGGUUCAUCUUCUGCAAAUUGUCAGCAGGUGUUAGCCUGUCAUAAGAGGGGCUUCAUGUCACCAAUCGAGGAAAUUGAAGAGGCUGAUGAAGAAACCACAGUAUCACCGUUAUCAAUGGAAGAUUCUCAAGUUGCAGGAUUGGCAUCAGACUUCCCGUCCACAUCAUAUUGCAGAUCAUCAGAAGCACCAUUGCAGGGAUUCUCCAUGAACCUCAAAAACGCUACUGAGGGACAUUCAUAUUCAAGAAUAUCUGCUGGUGCAUCCUGGAAUACAUUUGAGACAGAAACUCAAGAAAACUGCCCUCAAGAGAAAAUUGAAGGGUCCAAACUUUCAGACGAGAGUAACAUGCUUGGGCAUUGUUCUUCAAUUUCCAGCGAGGAACUUGCACACUGUGUUGUUCAGGAUUCUCAAGAGGCAAACCACAUGGAUGAUGAUAUAGUUGCAAGUGUAAAACCUCCGUCUUUGGAAGGGAAUGGUAAUCCAGUAACUAAAAAAUUUGACUGGUAUGAGACCAUCAAUCUGGAAGAUGAUGAUUCAGUUUGCAAGAAGGAACCACCAGCAUCUGAGUCUGAUGAACGUGAUGCCAAAAGGAGAAGGCUUGUGGACACUGAAGGUGAAAAACGGAUCACAAGAAGCCUGCUUGAAGAAUCUUGCUUAAUGUCAUUGUGAAUAAUGUUAAAAGCAGUUUUUUUCUUCCUUCUUUUUUUGUGGGUUUUGGUUGUACAAAAUUGUUCAUAUGUCAAGGUGGGAAUCUCUUGCUCCACACCCCCCCCCAAAAAAAAAAAAAAAAGACAAAAAAGAGUAGAGACCCUGAUCCUGAUUGCACAGAGAAUGGGAAAAAGAGGAAUGGAGGAGAUUAAAGGGCUUUUUGUCAUAUUAGCUUGUCCAUGAUUAGCAGUACAUAACAGUCUUUUAUUUUCUCCUAAUACAAUCCAAGGCUAGUCAUUACAGUCGAGCAUAUACAUCAGGAUUAAGAUUCAUGCUUGGCAGUUUUUCCCCUUUGAAAAACUGCAUCUUAAAAAUGAGAAAGGGGAGGAGUGAAAAUAUGUUUGUUUUUCCCUUAAAA